AUGUUGAAAGAGGACUCAGACCUUCAACAUGUCUGCAGCUGUAUAUCCCCGAGAAAGUGUCUACAAUCUCAUUCCAAAGGAAGAGGUUCAUCCGCAAAAAACGCAAAGGUAUGUGUCCAAGUACAGGCCGACAGUUGUUCUUGAGAAGAAGUCCACCCAGGAUGCAAUGAGGACGAUGGGACCAGCAAAAGUAGAGGUACCAACUCCGGAGAAGUUCCUCAAGAAGCAUUCAAAAGAGCCCAAAUUACCUGAAAACACACAGAAAGUGGUUCGUAAGAGCUGCACUGUGAGGAAACCAGCUGUUCCUGCAAGGACAGACAUCCCCCCUAUGGGCUUCCACACCAAUAGAGACUUUAUAAGGACAGCUACAGCGGUGCCAAUGAAGCCCAAGCCUACAUCUGUGGACACCAGUAAGGGACACAAGCAGCUCCUUGAGAAUUCAGGACUUAUCCCCAAAUACAUCAAGAAAAAGGAUUAUGGAGAAGUUCCUGAGUAUCUGCUGCAGCGCAAUGAAGAAGAGCAGAGAGCUCAGGAGGAGUAUGACGAGUUUGUGAAAGAACAGAGGGAGCAGGGAGCCAUGAAACAUCUGUCUGAUGAGGAGAGACAUGCCGUCCUGGAGGGCCUGAAGAAGAAUUGGGAUGAGCUGCACCAUGAGUACCAGGGCCUGUCACUGGUCACAGACAACCUGUCCAAGAAGUCCCGCAGGGAUCGUUUAGAGGUGGCAAUGAAGCAGCUAGAGAAUGACAUCAAACUCAUUGAGAGGUUCAAGACCAUCUACAUACCCAAUUACAAAUAAGACAAACAAAUCUUGAUUAAAUCAGAUGUACUGCACUGUAUGUCUUCACACUCACUCCUUCAAAUAUGACAUGGGCUUUAGUGAAGUAUAAUUCUGUGUUGGUAUAUUUUUGUGAUCUGAUCUAAGAAAAAAGGUGUAUUUUGUGAAAAUACUUUUGCUGGAGCCAUAAUGCAGUUUGUGUGUUUUAUUUUAUCUGCAUAAGUUAAUGGUAACCUGCAGUUCUAACAGUGUUUGUGUCAGAGCAUGACUGACAUGAAUACAUUGUUCACUGAAUGGAAACAGACCAGCAAUGUUCUUAACGGUGAUUAUGUUGAACUAUAAAUAAAAGCAUCGAUAGAUUCAAAGA